AUGGUGGACGGAGAGCAGCAUGCCACAUAUCCGUUGGCUCCCGCAAACGGUUAUACCCGUAGCCAUGAACCGGAGUCGGACUCGGACUAUUCCCGGGAGCUCCGUCAGAAGAAGCGCAUGAAAUAUUUGCUGUACUUUGUUGCAUUUGUGAUAUUUCAAACUGGUGUCAUUGUCGUUUUCACAUUAACCAUCAUGAAAGUGAGAACUCCAAAGUUUCGGGUGCAGUCCGCCACAUUUGACAAUUUCAAUGUGGGAACACCAACAAACCCGGCAUUUGAUUUGAGCAUGAAUGCCAGAGUCAGUAUCAAGAACGCAAACUUUGGAACAUUCAAGUACCAAAAUACCACAAUGAACUUCUUUUAUAGAGGGAACCCUGUUGGGCAGGCAGCUAUUCCCAAGUCAAGUGUGGGAUGGAGAUCUAACAAGAAGAUUAACGUUGCGGUGAAACUUAGCUCCGCUAACUUACCAACGCCCAAUUCUCAGUUGGGAACUGAUCUGAGUAUUAGACUUUUGCCACUUACCAGCCAGGCUGAGUUGAAGGGCAAAGUGGCUCUCACAUUCAUAUUCAAGAAGAAGAAAGAAACACAGAUGAAUUGCUCCAUGGAAGUUGCGGUUGCAAGUCAACAGCUUGCGAAUAUAGUAUGCGAGUGA